CCGUUUUCGGGAAACUAUUAACAGCAUCAUCAAUGCCAAUAACCAGGUGAAUCUGGAUCAGUUCGGACGGCGGCGUGGCACUGUAACGGGGAGACAAUCAAGGAAGCAAACCAGAAGAUGACGAAUCUAAGAGAACAGGCCAUCUUCGUUUUGUCACAAAACAAUACCAACUUUGACAUGGCCAGGAUUUUGAUUGGUCAGUUUCUGCACAUCAUGCAAAUGUUCUACAGUAACACAAACUGGGUUGAGUUCAAAGGAGCUGUUCCAUACUACUCCCUCGGAAUACGAAACAAACCUCUCCUCGGUCAAGCACCGCUGGCAAUGGACACCUGUCUAUCAUGUGGUGAAGAGCUAGACAUAAAGUGUGAAGACAAUAUGAUUGUGGAUGGCUUCAUUCUGACAAGUGGUUAUAGAAGCGGACAAGAUGUUACCAAACCUUACAAAGACCCUAGUGUCUCCAGAACGGGCAAAUGCAGUCAUGGCGGUGCGAGGGACGAGAGCAGUUCAUCAGUGGCAGCCCUGGGGGGAAUCAACAAAGACUCCACCCUCGUGUCCCUGUCUCCCCACAGUCAUCUCCACCAGGUGGCAGCACAGGCAGCCAUUGAACACACCUCGUACUUCUUUGAUGAUGAAGAAUACGGAAUCAGCGGUAUCAUCGGGACCGACAAGUUCAACAAUUUAUUUCAACUGAAAUCUGGAGCCUCGUUUGUAUUGAUCAUAGACUAUUCUGGUUCCAUGCGCAAUGACAUUGCAGGAGUUAAGUCUGUUACUCGAGAUAUAAUAUCAAGUCAGAUUGGGACCCUGGAGGAACCAGCAAACUUCAUUUUCUCCCUCUUCAAUGACCCGUUGUCAUUGAAUACCAUUUACACGACUGCUGAUGGGGAUGAUGCUCUACGAUAUCUGGACGAGAUCAGCGUCUCUGGUGGCGGCGAUUGCCCAGAAUACGCUAUGACUGGCCUCAUAAACGCUCUGGCUGUUUGCAAUUACAACUCCAAACUAUACUUCUUCUCGGAUGCCUCUGCUAAAGAUGCAAAUUUGGGAGCCACAGUAUUGUCACUGGCUAUCUUGAAAAACGUUCAUCUUGAGUUCAUAUUAACCGGUGAUUGUGCUCGACGGAAGCGGUCGACAGAGGGCGAUGAUAACAGGAACCGCAGGAACAGACGUUCGACGGACGGUGAGGAUUUAUACAGGAGGCUAGCCACAGCUACUGGAGGCUCCGUCUACGUCACAAGCAAGGCAGGCAUCGCCAAGGUCGCUGAGAUUAUAAAGGAAUCAGUUAAAACGUCUUCUGUCACUAUCAUCAAAUCAUCUCUACCAGCUUCUGACGAGAACGUCACCUUUCCUGUGGACCAGACCAUUCGCCAAGCUACAGUCAAGAUUAUAGCAUUGAACAGAACGACGCCCGUGUAUAAACUAUAUACACCUGACAAUACCGAGGCUUCGUCCAAUGUAACUGUGUCUGAUCUUGGAGAUGGAAUACUUUUGGUCAAGGUUGAGACCCCAACAACGGGCGUGUGGAGACUAGCCCGCCAGGGUUCCAAUACCUGGGAGGUGGAGGUGACAGCUCAGAGUACCCUGGACAUAUCUACAACCUUUGUGAAGCUGGACCCCAUCUCCGGGUUUGAGUAUGAGAUCAGCGGACGACCUAUAGCAGGUGAAAAUGCCACAGUCAUCCUUGGCAUUCCUUCGUCAGAUGAUGUUGGCACAGUAGACAAGGUUAUCUUAACUGACACUCAAGGAGUUGAGCUGGCAAGACAUGGCGGACUGAUACAGGUGGCGUCACGAGCUGAUUCACUGACCUACAGGACCACGUUCUCACUGCCUGUGAAGGCAUUCCAAAUAUCAAUAGAAGGCGCUGACAAGGAGGGAAACCAAUUUCUGCGUCUUCGGGCAAGAAGAAUUGUCCCUGUCAGCAUCGAUCUGAGACUUCUUCCCCUCAAUGGAAGCCUGUACAUCAACGAACAGUUGUCAGUACCAUUCCUGGUUGUCAACAAGGGUGACGCUGGAUCCAAUGUAACUGUCACAAUCAGAGACGAUCAGAACUUUGCAUCGACAAACAUACCACUGGAGUACAUGCUUGAGCCUGGGCAGAGUGCAUCUGGAGACUUUACACUGCAAGCUGGUUCGGCAGCAGGGUUGAUCAGGUACAUGUCCCACACCACGUGGCAAUAUCAGAUAGAUCACGACGCCCCAAAGGUAGGUUAA